GGGUUCCACGACUUUCACCAUUUAUGGCGGUCUUAUCUCCACCUCUCUUGCUCGCUCCUCCUCCUGUUCAACUUCAAGGUCUUUCUCAUCAAAAUUCCUCAAAACUAUUUUUCUUCGGCUGGGGAUUGAGAAGGAAUGGAGAUGUGAAGCUGAUUACCCAUAGGAGCAGAUGCCAAGCAUUUCGGAUCUUGGCCAACUCUAAUGCAUCUCGAGGAAAAGGAAAUUCAAGCAAUGAGAUAAUCAUGGUUGAUCCUUUGGAGGCAAAGCGCUUAGCUGCCAAACAAAUGCAGGAAAUCAAAGCCAAAGAGAAGUUCAAGAGGCGACGUCAAAUUGAAGCACUUAAUGGAGCAUGGGCAAUGAUCGGUCUUACAGCAGGGUUGGUCAUUGAAGGUCAGACCGGAAAUAGUAUUCUAACACAGUUGGCAGGAUAUUGGCAUUCCAUCAUUGGUUUCUUUUUCCGAUAGUACAUAUUCCUUUUAGAACCGGAGAAUCCAAAUGGAAACACGGGAACACUGAAUGCUUAAGUAGCCACUAAAUCCUUUUAACAAUUGAUGGUUCAUUUCACUGGAAUUCUACUGCUGGAAGUAUGCAACUACCAAUCUUUUUUAUAUCAAUCAAGAAAAAAAAUACCAAUCUUUUCUCAUUUGGAGAGGGUUUUAUUUCUUUUUAUUUUAUUUAUUUAUUUUUUUCAUUUUGUUUGCAAGAAACCACCACAUAUGAGAAAUGGCACAAUUUUCUACAGUUGUAAAUUGAAAUAACUCUAAUUCCUACUUUUAUUGCAAUUCA